ACCAGAGAAAAGAUUCGAGUUGGUUUCAUCGCUUAUAUGGCAGCACUCAAGUUCAUUGAUGCUGGUGAUCUUGGUAAGCCAUCAGACCAGGUCAGGGAUGAUAUAGGGGCUGAACUGGCAAAAGACUUGCCGGAAGAAGCUCGAGAAGCUGGUUUUGGAAUUAACCCAGAUAAACUUGCAUCUAUAGUAGGUUCCUAUGAUAUAAAAACCUUAAAGAAACUUGGAGGUGUUGAAGGGCUUGCAGGUGAGUUGAGAGUCUCAUCAAAUGAAGGAGUCAAAUCGAGUGAUGUACCUGUCAGACAAAAUAUAUACGGAUCAAACAAAUUUACCGAAAAACCGUUUAGAAGUUUUUGGAGAUUUGUGUGGGAUGCUCUACAUGAUUUAACUCUCAUCAUCCUAAUAGUUUGUGCUAUUGUUUCCAUCGGUGUGGGACUUGCUACUGAAGGGUGGCCAAAAGGAACAUAUGAUGGCUUAGGAAUUCUACUCAGCAUAGUAUUGGUAGUCAUGGUUACUGCAAUUAGUGACUAUAGGCAGUCGUUGCAGUUCAGAGAUUUGGAUAAGGAGAAGAAAAAGAUAUCUAUCCAGGUCACGAGAGAUGGAUCAAGGCAGAAGGUUUCCAUUUAUGAGUUGGUGGUUGGUGAUGUAGUUCAUUUAUCUAUUGGAGAUCUGGUUCCAGCUGAUGGAAUAUUCAUAUCAGGAUAUUGCUUGCUAAUUGAUCAAUCGAGCUUGUCUGGUGAGAGCGUACCAGUAAGCAUAUCUGAAAAAAGACCUUUUCUUCUAUCGGGAACCAAAGUACAAGACGGUUCAGCUAAGAUGCUAGUGACAACUGUUGGUAUGCGAACUGAAUGGGGUAAACUGAUGGAAACUCUUAGUGAGGGAGGAGAAGAUGAGACUCCUCUGCAAGUUAAACUGAAUGGUGUUGCCACUAUUAUUGGAAAGAUAGGACUGGGAUUUGCUGUGGUGACUUUCCUUGUGUUAAUAGUCAGAUUUCUGGUGGAUAAAGCUACUCACCAUCAAUUCACCAAAUGGUCUUCCAGUGAUGCAUUAACUCUUCUGAAUUACUUUGCCACAGCCGUAACUAUAAUCGUUGUUGCAGUUCCAGAAGGACUACCUCUGGCUGUCACAUUAAGCCUUGCUUUUGCAAUGAAAAAGUUAAUGAACAAUAAAGCAUUGGUGAGGCAUCUUUCUGCUUGUGAGACAAUGGGUUCAGCUACAUGCAUCUGCACUGAUAAGACAGGAACACUAACAACAAACUGUAUGGUAGUAGAUAAAAUAUGGAUUUGUGGAAAGGCUAAAAAGGUAGAAAAUGGUGGAGGUGCAGAUGCAAUAACAGAUUUAUCAGAAAAUGCACUGGACUUUCUAUUGCAGGCAAUAUUUCAUAAUACAGCAGCUGAGGUGGUUAAAGACAAGGAUGGAAAGAAAUCUGUUCUGGGUACACCCACAGAAUCUGCAAUAUUAGAUUAUGGAUUACUUCUUGGUGAUAUUGAUGAGAAAAAAAGGGAUUGUAAAUUGCUGAAGGUUGAACCUUUCAAUUCAGCAAAGAAAAGAAUGUCAGUGCUUGUUGCUCUUCCUGAUAGCAAUACCCGUGCUUUCUGCAAGGGUGCAUCUGAGAUAGUCUUAAAAAUGUGUGACAGGUUUAUUGAUUCUAAUGGUGAAAUUGUUGAUAUGUCAAAAGACCAGGUUACAAACAUCACGGAUGUCAUUAAUGAGUUUGCUUGUGAAGCCUUGCGUACUCUUUGCUUGGCUUUCAAGGACAUUGAAGAUGGUUCUCAAGUAAAUAAUAUCCCUGAAAGUGGCUAUACAUUGGUUGCAGUUGUUGGAAUCAAGGAUCCAGUUCGCCCUGGGGUUAAAGAAGCAGUUGAAUCUUGUUUAGCUGCUGGAAUUACUGUAAGGAUGGUCACAGGGGACAAUAUUAAUACAGCCAAAGCCAUUGCUAAAGAAUGUGGUAUACUAACUGCUGAUGGUUUGGCCAUUGAAGGCCCAGAAUUCCGCAACAAAAGUCCUGAAGAAAUGAGGCAAAUAAUUCCUAGAAUUCAGGUUAUGGCUCGAUCAUCCCCUAUGGACAAGCAUGUGCUGGUAAAGAAUUUGAGAGGCAUGUUUAAAGAAGUUGUUGCAGUUACUGGUGAUGGCACAAAUGAUGCCCCUGCCUUGCAUGAGUCAGAUAUUGGACUUGCUAUGGGUAUAGCAGGAACAGAGGUUUGUAAAUUUUCUCCUACACUAGCAUUAAUAUCCAUUCAAUUCCAGCAUGAACUAUUCAAAAGUUAUGUUGCAAAAGAAAGUGCUGACAUUAUAGUGCUUGACGACAACUUUAGCACAAUUGUUAAUGUGGCGAAAUGGGGCCGUUCUGUAUAUAUAAACAUUCAAAAAUUCGUGCAAUUCCAGUUGACUGUCAAUGUUGUGGCUCUGAUGAUCAAUUUUAUUUCUGCAUGUGCCUCAGGAUCUGCUCCUCUUACUGCUGUACAGCUGCUCUGGGUCAACCUUAUCAUGGAUACUUUAGGUGCACUGGCAUUGGCCACUGAACCACCUCAUGAUGGACUAAUGAGUAGGCCUCCUGUUGGAAGGGAUGUGAGUUUCAUUACAAAGACAAUGUGGAGAAAUAUAAUAGGACACAGUAUCUACCAGCUGGCUGUACUCUUAGUGUUCAACUUCGCGGGGAAGCAGAUUUUGGGACUUGAAGGUUCAGAUGCUACAACCGUUCUGAAUACUUUCAUUUUUAACACCUUUGUGUUUUGUCAGGUCUUCAAUGAAAUAAACAGCCGUGACAUGGAGAAGAUAAAUAUUUUCCGUGGCAUUUUUGGCAGCUGGGUUUUCAUAGGCGUCAUGCUUUCUACCGUUAUUUUCCAAGUUGUCAUUGUCGAGUUCUUAGGCACUUUUGCCAGCACCACACCCCUUAGCUGGCAACUAUGGCUGAUCAGUGUCUUAAUUGGCGCUGCAAGCUUGGUCGUAGCUGUUAUUGUGAAGUUGAUCCCAGUCGAAAAGGAGACUCCUAAGCACCAUGAUGGUUAUGAUCUGCUCCCAAGUGGUCCAGAACUUGCCUAG